CAUUCGAGACAGCUGGUUAUGAAGGGGGAAGUCCCUCUCUGAUAUCACCAAGUGUUUGUUUGUUGACUAUCAACACUUCUAGGAAGUGAGCAGUGAGCAGUGAGCAGUACAUACAGGAGCAUGUGAUGUUACAGUUUAGUAUUCAUCAUGAACAAACGUAUGAAAGUUGGAUUUGCUUUCAUAUUUAUUUUGAACAUAGCUGUAGUAAUUGCAGUUAUUGGUGUCGUGGUGUCACGACAAACCGAAAAGCAAUCACAAGGUCAGCUUACAAAGGAACAAAUCGACAAUAUAUACAUGGGACACGUAACAACCAUUGCUAUGCCCAGUCUUACACGGACAAAUGCAGAAAAACCGACCAUAUCAGCAGAAUUGCUCAAUUUAUUAAAGCCUAUAACCUACUUCCCGGGACUAGACUUUAGUCACACUGAUGAUGAAACCCUUACAGACACACCAUUAAGAAAUUGGGUACCUUUUGUCGGACCAGAGAGACAACUUUUGUACAACGGGAUGAAGUGUGAGAAUGGCAGUAUCAUAGUGCCCGCCACUGGAGUGUAUGUCGUAUAUAGCCACAUGAAGUUUUCCACAGAAAUGAAUAGUUAUGACGAUGCUGAGUCUGAUUUUCAUCAUAGUAUAACACGGUACAGUGCACUGAAGCAAAAUGGAGAAGCAGUGUUGAGGAAUGUCAUCAGCGAGAACAAAAACAGCAUCAUUGAUGGAGCAAGUCUGGAGUACUCCAGUGAUGUUCAUGGAUUGGUGCAGCUGGAUGCUGGUGAUCAGCUGAUGGUGACAGCAUCAGGGAUGAAUCCACUGAGACAUGACAGGGACUGGCAUUAUUUUGGAGUAUACAUGACGUAAUGGUUCCCUACUUGCAUUUUACAGUUGUCGAGGUUAAGGAGGUUUAAUGAACACGUGCAUGUGAUGUAUACAUUAUAAAUGGAUUGCGGGGGUACACGAAAAUGGCACAUUGAUAACAAUU